AUGGCAAGUUUAAGGGCUCAUAUUUGUUGCUUGCUUUCCUAUGCAACCUUUCUCAGCCUCAUUAGCUGUGAUACCCUUCGUGAAAAUCAUGUUGCUUUAUUCAUCUUUGGUGACUCACUAUUUGAUCCAGGAAACAACAACUAUAUCAACACAACUGCUAAUUAUCAGGCAAAUUUCUGGCCAUAUGGUGAAACUUUCUUCAAUCACCCCACGGGCAGGUUUUCUGACGGGCGUAUAAUUCCUGAUUUUAUUGCCGAGUACGCAGGGCUACCAUUAAUUCCUGCAUAUAUGCAACCUGAUAAUAAAAAUUUCAUAGAUGGAGUGAACUUUGCAUCUGGAGGAGCUGGCGCUCUUAUUGAAACUCACCAAGGAUACGUUAUAGGCCUAAAAACUCAAGUAAGUUACUUCAAGAAAGUUAAGAAAUCGUUGCAACAGGAAUUAGGUGAUGCGAAAGCCCACAAAUUGUUGUCCAGAGCUGUUUACUUGAUUAGCAUAGGAACAAAUGAUUACUUGUUCCCUUUUAGCAGAAACUCAAGCGUGCGUCAAUCAUAUUUGGAAGAAGAAUUUGUUGCAAUGGUAAUAGGAAACAUGACUAUUUCAAUCAAAGAAAUAUACAAGAAAGGAGGAAGGAAGUUUGGGUUUGUGAAUUUGAUGCCGUUGGGUUGUUUGCCAAGCAUGAGAGCAAAUCUGGGAAGGAGAGGUUCUUGCGUGGAUGAACUAACUAAGCUAGCACAACUGCACAAUAAAGCAUUAGUUGUUGCCCUCCAGAAUCUGAAGAACCAAUUGGGAGGGUUCAAAUAUUCAUGUCACAACUUCUACGAAUCUGUCAGCAAACGGUUGAGCAAACCUUCAAAAUAUGGUUUCGAGGAAGGGAAGACUGCAUGUUGCGGCAGUGGUCCGUACAGAGGAAUUUUGAGUUGCGGUGGAAAGAGGGGGAUAAAAGAAUACCAAUUAUGUGAAAAUGUGAGUGAACAUUUGUUCUUUGAUUCUGUUCAUCCCACAGAAAAGGCCAGCCAGCAAAUUGCAGAGCUAAUGUGGACUGGAACUGUCAAUAUCACAAGACCCUAUAAUCUCAGAGCACUGUUUGAAGCAUAA